UCGCCUAGGCGAGGCGCCAGAAAGAACGGAACGUUAUUAUUUAGAUUCGUUUUUAUUAAUUGUUUGCGUUUAUUCAAAUUUCAUCCCUUAUAGUAAUAUAUUUCGAAGCAUUUUUAAUGGUGGAAUUUCCAAGUAGCAGUGAUCUUGUUGCUCUCUUCAAAGAGAAAAGCAAAGAGGGAAAUGAUCCUUACUGCGAAGCUUUAAAAAAUGCUGGAUUUUCAUCUGUGGUCCUUCCAACACUGGCUUUUCAUUUUGUUAAUGGGCAGGAGCUAGAAACUUUUCUUAAGCAUUGGAACGACUUCAGUGGAAUAAUUUUUUCUAGCGCAAGAGCUGUUGAGGCUAUUUACAAAAGAUUAACUGUGAUGGAAGACAGUAUGAAAGAUUCCAUAACUUCACAUUGGAAGCAUAAAAUGAAUUUCAGUGUGGGAGAAGCAACUGCUAAUCUAGCUAAAAAUUUGCUGGAUUUGGAUACUCGAGGGAAAGAGGCUGGUAGCAGUGAAAAGCUGUGUAAUAUCAUUUUAGGUUCUGACCCUGUUACUAAGCCUUUCCUUUUUCCUUGUAGCAAUAUAAGAAAAGACACGAUUCCGGAAGUUUUAAAGCAGAAUGGAAUAUCUGUGCAAGAAAUAAUUUCAUAUGAAACUGUUGGCAACCCAGAUUUGCGAUCUUGUUGGCAAGAAAUAGUCUCGCAACAGGGUUUGCCAAAAGUUUUGGUUUUCUUCAGUCCAUCUGGUGUUCAGUGGAGUCAUCAAUUAAUCAAAGAUAGUAAAGAAGAUUUAAAGUUUUUUAAGUUUGUAGCCAUAGGACCUAGCACAGAGAAAGCCCUGUGUGACGUCGGCAUGAUACCAUGUGAAGUUGCCAAAAAGCCAAAUGCUAUUGCAAUAUGUGAAGCUGUUAAAAAUGUUAUGAAAUUUUAAAUUGUUUGUUAUGUAUGUGUUGAACACAAAAUAA